AAUUGUGGGCCUCUCGGUGGGGAAUGGAAGUAGAACCGGUUCCUCUCUCCCUUGAGUCCCGGCUGCUGGGGUUUGUGUUUGCUCUCCGGGCAGGUGUCCAACCUGGCGGGGCCCCUUUAAGAAGCGACUGUUUCUCUUUUCCCCCGGAAGAAAAGUGGAGCCAGUGGCCAGGAGCGCCCGCUUCCAUUCUGCGUUCAAAGGUGGAAAAGGAGGAGGAGGAGGAGGUAACCCAGCGCGCCUCCCCUUUAAGGUCUCCAUCGGGAGCUGAGGUUGGGGGAUAGAUUGGCUGGGAAUCGGGGCAUCCCUUGAAGAUAAAGAGCGGGGGAAAGGAGCAAGGAAGGAAAGGGAAGGAAAAGCCCAGGCACUGCAAGCAAGGACCAUCUCUCUCUAUCUCCCUGAAGCAAGGAUCCAACCUUCCCGAAGGCAACAGACAUGGCUCUCCCUGGCUGCCCGCCUUGCCGAACAAAAAGUCCUCUUUGUGGGCAGGAAAUCCUGUUUUUUCUGGCGUCCACCUGGUGGGUCUCUCUCCUCUGCCUUCCCUGCGCUGCUUUCAACCUGGACACCAAAUUCGUGGUCCUCAAGAAGGGCCAAACCCCGGAGAGCUUCUUCGGACUCUCGGUGGCUCUGCACCAUCAGACCAAGCCGGAAAAGUACCUGCUGCUCAGUGGAGCUCCCCGAGAUGUGGCCUCAAAGAUGGACAAUAGCACCCGGAUGGGUGCCAUGUAUGCUUGCCCUCUGACCGCAUCUACUGACGACUGUGAACGGGUGGACAUUAAGGUGUUAAGUGAACCCCAAAAAAAUAUUGUUGAAGAUAUGUGGCUGGGGGUGGAAGUAGCAAGCCAGAGAACGUCUUCUGGAAGAGUAAUGGCUUGUGCUCAUCGAUAUACCAGGAUUUUAUGGGCUGGCAAUGAAGACCAGAGGCGCAUGGUGGGGAAAUGUUACAUCCGUGGCAAUAACCUGGGCCUUCAGGAAGACGACGAGUGGCAGGUGUUCCACAAUGAGAUGUGCAAUGCCAACGCAGACCUGGAGUCAACUGGAAUGUGCCAGAUGGGCAUCAGUGGUGGCUUUACCCACGACAGUGUUUAUUUUGGAGCUCCUGGUGCUUACAAUUGGCAAGGGACUGAUUAUGUGCUGCAGGGUGAGAGCUGGGAACGAAAGGAUUAUUCCUAUCCUGAUGAGAAGAAAGGCCACAGCUAUAUCGGAUACACAACUGAGGCCAGCACUGCUGUACUGCACAAACACAACAACACUUUCAUCGCAGGAGCCCCCCGCUAUAAUCAUACUGGAGCUGUCUUUCUCAUGCUAAAUGACAACAGCACAACCCUUGAGGAGAAGCUGGUGCUCUUUGGAGAGCAAGUGGGCUCCUACUUCGGCAGUUCCAUUGCUCUGGCUGAUCUCAACAAUGAUGGGUGGAAGGAUUUGAUCAUUGGAGCACCUUACUACUUCGAUCGGAAAGAAGAGAAGGGUGGGGCUGUCUAUGUAUACAUGAACCUUGGUGGAACUUUCCACAGCAGUGCAAAUCUCACCCUGAACGGGCCCAGCAAUUCCUCGUUUGGUCUUGCUGUGGCCAGCAUUGGAGAUGUCGACAAAGAUGAUUUCCAAGAUAUAGCCAUUGGAGCUCCAUUUGAAGGGUCAGGGAAAGUAUAUAUCUACCACAGCAGUGUGGGAGGGCUUAUUGAUAAUCCCCGGCAGAUCAUUAGUGGGAAAGAUUUUGUUCCUAGCAUCCCAACUUUUGGCUACUCCUUCAGUGGUGGAAUGGAUGUUGAUGGGAACUCCUACCCUGAUCUGUUGGUGGGAACCCUGUCAGAAAAUCUCCUGUUGCUCAGAGCCCGUCCAGUGAUCAACAUUGUGAGCAAGACUUUUACAGUUACUCCAAACCCUCUGGACCCAGCCAAAUGCACUGAAGACUCCUGUAUCAAGGUGCAGUUCUGCUUCUCCUAUUCCCAGAGUGCCGGAGACCCCAAAUACAAGGAGACCAUCAAAUUGAAUUAUGUCAUAAAAGCUGACCAGGAUCGUCGGCGGGUUUACUUUGCUAAGACACAGUCUCCAGUCUACAAAGGACAGUUUUCCAUGCCAAAUGAGAAAUGCCAAACCCUGAAGGUCCUCCUACGGGAUGACGUGCGAGACAAGCUACACCCAAUUGCAUUCUCCAUGAACUAUUCUCUUGCUGAGAAAUCGAGGAAAUUCAGGUUGGGCCCAGAGUCUCUUGAUGCAUUUCCUGUCUUGAAUGAGGAUCAGCCCCGUGAGAAUCACACUGAGAUCCAGUUCCAGAAAGAAUGUGGAACUGACAACAAAUGCAACAGUAACCUGCAGGUCCAGGCAGUUUAUUUGAAUGACCAGAACCAGAUGCUGCCCAGGCGGAAUGGUAUGCAGGUAUUACAAUACAGCCGAGAUGUCAAGAAACUGAACUUGAAUAUCACUGUCACCAAUCAGCCAACGACACCUACCAAUGGAGAGGAUGCUCACCAAGCCCUCCUCAACAUCACUUUCCCGCCCUCUUUGCUGCCUUCUUCUGUUCGACCGAGUGGAGCUUGCACAUUUAAUGGAGGAGUGUUGUGUCAACUAGGCAACCCCUUCAAAAAGAACCAGCAGGCAGAGCUAAUUAUUACAUUUGAAGUGAUUUGGAUUUCAUUGUACACCCAGGAUGUUAUCAUACAAGUGGAGCCUUCCACGUUAAGCCAGCAAAAAGAUCUCACUACAAUAUCAGCUGUCCUCUUGGUGGACUACACUAUUGAUGCAUCCCUGAGAAUUGUCAACCCAUGGCUCCAGUCACAUUUUAGUGGGACAGUCAUGGGUGAAUCAGCCAUGAAGCAUGAAGAAGACGUCGGCAGUCCCAUCAGAUUUGAUUUCCAGGUGACCACAAAGGGUGAAUCUUUGGGUUCCUUGGGAACAAUCAUGUUAGGCUUUGAAUGGCCUUAUGAAGUCAGCAAUGGGAAAUGGCUCUUGUACCCCACCGAUAUCAUGGUGAAAGGAAAUGAACAGUGGUUCUGUGAACCCCCUGGGCAGGUCAUCAACCACCUCAACCUGAGCCUCAAUGUCCAUCAACAUAAUCAUAGCAGCAUCUUAAGAAGGAAGAAGCGUGACCUGGAGGCUUCUUCCAAAAGUGAAGUGCCCAUCACACUGGCAGCAGCAAAGAAAGCCAAGUCAGAAACAUCACUGAGCUGCUCCAAAGGAACCUCUCGCUGCAUUUGGUUUGAGUGCCCCCUCAAGGACAUCGGAGCUGUGACGGACGUGACUGUCCGAGCAAGGGUCUGGAAUAGCACCUUCAUAGAGGAUUAUCAUGACUUUGAUCGGGUGAAGGUGAUGGGACAAGCCACACUGUUUCUCAGGACAAAUGUAUCUACCAUCAACAUGAAAAAUGACACAGUGUGGUACACUGUGAACAUUGACUCUGAGUUGAGUGAAGAACAGCCGGCUGAACUUGAACUAUGGUUGGUGUUGGUUGCUGUUGCAGCUGGACUUCUGCUUUUGGGACUCAUUGUCUUACUGCUGUGGAAGUGCAACUUCUUUAAGCGAACCCGCUACUAUCGAAUCAUGCCCAAAUACCACGCUAUUCGGAUCCGGCAGGAGGACCGUUACCAGCCGGCUGGUGGGUUCCUGCCUCAGAAGCACAAGAAGCAAUGGGUGACGAAUUGGCAAGAGUCGGGGCGAUACUACUGAUGCCUGCUGCCUGCAAUCCUCUCCCUGUUCCAGGCUGCUUGGCUUCCUUUUGUAAAUAGUGCUGGACCAACAAAGAAACUGUUAUUUAAACCUAAGUUAUAUGACCUAGGUCAGUGAUGAUGACCCAAAACUUUCUGCAGACCUAGUGAUCUUAGGAGAAAAAUAACCCUUUUGGAAUGGACCUGCUAGGCAUUUGUGAAACACGAGGCACAAAGGGGCAGACAUUUUAUUUGCACUGAUGGAUUCCUUUUUAACUACCACUUGCUACCAGGGAAUUACAUUUCUUUGUGAAAAUGGGGCAGGUAUGAAAAUCAGCGUAGCUUUGCACUGGAUAUAUAUAUAUAUAUAUGCAAAUACACAACAGUGCCUAGGUGCUUGUGUUAGCAACACAAACGUGAAGACCUUGCUUUUGGGCUGUAGUUUCUUGGAUGCAAUUGUGUAUUUGUGAGAUUAUUUUUAUAGGUAUUAUUUAUUACAUCAAUGCCCCCUUUUCUUCUAGAGAGCUCAGAGAAACUAUUAGAUAGCAGCUUACCAAACCAAA